UCGCUCCACCCGUCAUCUUCUGCAGAUUUAUGUAUGCAGAGUCGAGGAUAACGACGAUGGCGGACCUCUCCAAACUCCCCCAGGAUAUCAUCUAUCAUCUUCUAUCCUUCCUCUCAGUGGAACAAUCCCUAGCCCUCAGUCAAACAUGCCGCACGUUGCAUCAUCUCGCAAGAUCUGACCAGAGCUACUGGUUCACGGCUCUCCACUCGUCAAAGUACCAAGGACAUACCACUGCCUAUCUCUCCGCUGUCGAUCUCUCCUCGGACUCGGAUCUCGCCUCCUUACAACGUCACGUUCAGAACUGUAUCAAGUUCGAGCGGCUCUGGGAGAAGCCGAAGCUCACUCCCACUCGCACGACUAAAGGACGCUUGCCAGACGUGCUGUACUGCCUCUUCGGCGUUCACAGAACGAACUUCGUCGUCAUGCACUCGCCACAUAGUGGCUUUGUAUACUGCUGGGACAACAUGGCCGGCGAGGAGCGUGAAUCGAUAUACUUGGGAACACAAAUCACGGACACCUCCCCCUUGAAUGAGUUCUCCGAUCGGGUGACCAUCGCACUCUUGAUCCAGCAGGAUGCCCAUCAGCACAUCAAGCUUCUGAGCGUCAGCACAGAACCGAACGCCGCCCAGGUUAUGGAACUCCGCCACGUCGUCGACCUUGGCAUCGGCACACGCAGCUUCAACAUUUUCCUUAGUGAGCAGAUGGUCGGCGUCACCGGCAACGAGAACGAUCACAUCACCAUACAUGCUAUCAAUAUCCAUACCUAUGCCAGUUCGACGAUUCGUACAGACGUGCAGCUCACACCCACCAGCUAUAUGGUGGCCAUGACCUUUAACGACUCAGUCUACCUCGUAGACAUGAACCCUCCACGAACGCGUGUAUUCUGCUGCGCCCCCGAAUUUCUGCCAUUCGGCAACGCCCCAUCGCGCACGAUGCAUCUCAGCCUACUCGACACGCGGAGAGACUUCGUAUGCGAUGAUUUGGAUCGGGAAUCGAACGACUACUACUGUGCUCUCGUGUCCGGCUCCGGGCGCGGAGUCGCGUUCACCACACUCACCCAGCUCGUCGGCCGCCAUGCCUUGCAUAUCGUCCUCUGGGAUCCGCGCUCGAGGGCAGGUGGCGAUGUGCCCAUCGAGCCGACGAAGUCCGCCCUGCAGCUUGACUUUGAUCCGGAAAGUAAUGCUGCCACAGAGUCGUCUAUCUCGCCCGCCACCCCAUCCACUCUUCCCUAUCCGCCGCGCGACGGCGACCGCCCCUUCCCCAGCCCCGCGCAGCACAUCAGCAUCCCUGGAUCCAUGCUCGUGCCGCUCGGACCCUGGUACCUCGUCCACUUCCCGAAUUCGGGCAGGCAUCUGCUGCUCGCCGUGGGGAGGGAGGAGGACGAGGCAGCAGAGAUCGAGGUCGAUGAGGAGGGGGAGAGCAGUGACGACUACGAUGACGGCGAGGACGACGAGACCGUCAGUAGCGAUGGGGAGGGCGGCGAUGACGACGCGAUGGACGCGAGCAGCGAGGGCGAGACGACGGAGGGGCUGGUCGCGGCUUUCUAUGCCGCAGCAGACAUGGGCUACCCGCCCAUAGGUGCCCAUGAAACCGAACCGCAAGCAACACCGGAUGCCCAGGAUCCCGCGCCCGCCGGCCCUUCCAACCCUGCCAACCCUGCCGACCCAGCUAACACCGCCCAUCCCGCCAACCCCGUCCCAGCAGCCGACACCGAGCUCCCCCUCGCCAACGCCACCGCGAACGGCGACACCUCCCACAACGCCGUCCUCUACCUCGUCCACUACGUCCCCGAGACCGCGUCGCACUCCGUGCACGAGGUGCCCUUCCCGGAGGGCGUGGACCCGCGGAGCGUCACGUCGCUGAGUUUUGACGAUUAUAAUGCGGUCGUGACGCUGACGACGCUGGAGGAUGUGGCGUACUGCAUGCAUCUGAUAUGAUGGGUGCGGGGAAGCAGGGACGAGGGAGAUGGGGCAUUGUCCCAAUAAACAUGAAUGCGGGAGUAGCAUCAUGGACUUCUUUGAAUACUUACCUGUAUGAUGCCACCCUGCAGGACAGGGAGGGGACGGAGGCCGUUACACGAUGAUACCUCUAUGCAUUCGCUUACGAGUUCAAUCGUCAUAGGACUCGAGUACGACGCGCAGGCUUUCACAACAACAACCAUAGCAUUCCAACUCGACUACGUAUAUAUGGGCAAACCAAAGCAUGAGAUGUGAGUGCGCGGAGAUACAAGUACAAUGCAUAAUCCAGAACAAGUCAAUUUUCGUUAGUC